AUGCAUCGCCUCGUCCGUUGGUGUUGUUCGUGACAGCCCUCACAUUAAUUCACUAGCUGGGGAUAAGAGACUCAUCUCCCCCAUCUCGUCACCAGACUCGGAUCCCAUCACUCCCACCGGCGCAGGUCUCGCUCGCCCUGCUGUCCUGACUCGCUAGAGAAGGCGAGGCUCCCUGGUGCUGCUGAGCGGAUACCCAAUUCCUGGGAAUCCUCCUCAACUAUCCAGCACUGGCUGGACAAGAACGCAGAAAGAUGCACAACGUCAAUGGGACGUCGACCAUGGGCCACGACACAACCAUGGCCCAGAGCAAUGGCUAUGGCAGCGACACGUGGACCAGCAUGAGCCCUUACAGCCAGAGCCCAUACAGCCAAAGCCCGCUAACAGAGUACAACUCGUUUGGUGCUUACGUCCCCCACGGGCUGCCAUCGGAAUCAAUCAACCGCAUGCCUCCUCCGCCACCACAACCUCACCAGAUGAUCCAACCCGCACCCAUGGCUCAUCACCAGCUCCCAAUGCUGAACACCACCUGGCCGAGCCAGUUGACGAACCCGACCCCCUCGGGGAGCUACUCGGCUCCCCCCGUAUCUAUCCCCACCGUCUCGAGUGCGCCCCCCGUGGACCCUCCGCGAUUGCCUGCGCAGCAUGAGAAGUCGAGGAAGACCUUGACGACAGAGCAGAAGCGGGCAAUGUGCCAGUUCCACGAGGACAACCCAGGAACUAGACAGGCAGACAUCGGCGCACGCUUCGGGGUGGAGCGAAGGUAGGUCCCUAAGGUGGUAGAGGCUAUCAUGGAUGGAUGGAUCUGACUUGAUAUCACAGCACGGUUUCCAAGGUACUGCGACAGAGGGAUCAGUACCUCAAGCGCGAUCAAGAACCG